AUGGAUUCGCAAGAGAAUAAUACAACCAAAAUUCGAACGGUAUUAGUGAAAUUUGAUUCCGCUUUACGAGGGAUAGAUGUAAUACAUUCAGAAAGUCGAGUUAUUACAUCAAGCAAUGUACUAAAAAGAUUAAUUGUUUUGCUGAAAGAUAUGCGUGAAUGUCCAGAUGAAUAUGGUAUCGCCGAAAAUGCGUCAGUCAUAAUGAAUCAUCAUUUUUUUCUGUACAUUCGCGAUACAGUGAUCAAUAUUAUAGAAAUGUUGAACGAACCGUCAUCAAAGAUAUUAGAUUUCCAAACACAAUUUUUGAAUGAAGCAUCAUUUAUGAUACUUGAAAUUAUUGAGCAUACUACGAGCAUUGAAAUUUUUCAAAAUUUGUUCGUAACAGAAUCACUUAUUAAACCGAUUGGGCAAUGCCUUAAUGCAAUCGCCUCUAAGGGUAAACACUUAGCCAACUAUGACAUUGUAUUUAGUAUUAAAUGUUUAUUGGAGGCAUUCGGAAAAUAUCGAAAGAGAACUGAUAAUAAUGGCCACCCGCUUCUUUUACUUCUAUUGGAUGCGGCCAUUACCUGCUUAUGCUCGCAUUAUUAUCUGGAAGUGUUUAAUGAUAUGGAUAUGAAUGCAACACUAUUCUAUAAGGAACAGGAUCUAUUUCUUUCUGCCUGCCCAACAUAUAUUUAUGAAUACGAUACUCAAUCGCAGAAGCAUAAAAUAAACGUACUAUCAAAAACUGUACUAACCUAUGGCCAAAAGCUGUUCGAAAAAUUUCAAUCACCAAAAUUAAAGCGUUGCCAAAAUGCGUUACUGCAAGCCUUUAUAAAUCUGCUUAACGUUCUUGAUAUCGUACCAAGCGAUCUAUUCAUCGAAUCGUUACCACUAGUCGAUGCUAUGAUAUUGAUAGUUAAAGAAGCUAAGCUACUAAUUGACGAUACGAACGCGCAACGAAAACAGCAAAAGGUCGAAUUAAUUUUCUUAGCAUUGAAACUGAUUCAUAGAGUUUCAGAGAAUUUAAAUAUUCUACGGCAUAUUCAAAAUUUAAAUGGUGUUACUGAAAUAUUUGAAAAAUUAUCCAUCAUUGGGACAACUAGAGAGAGUCGAAUACAAUCUCAAGCGAAUCUUAUAUUUGAUCUACUGAUUAGCAAUCAAGACAUAGAAGAAGAAAAUCUAGAAGUAGAAGCUGAUCUAUGUACAAAAGACUUUAUAUCAGAGCAACCAUUGUCGCCGAUAGAAUAUGCCUACUAUCAAGAAUGUAAAGAAUGCUAUAAUCUAACGGGACAACCAAUAAUAUCAGUGGCACCAGAAGUUUUUGACGAGCGUAUUGAAUUACCGACAUCAUCACUAAAGAUCUGUAUUGAUGAAGAUCAUAAUCACUUUGAUUUACAACAAUUUCUUACUAAAUUUUGUGAUAAAAUCAAUGUACUGCCAAAAGAUAUCAUUAUCAAACAAAUACAAGUAGGCUCAGUCGUGUGUGACGCAGAAAUAUUCCCUGAUUCCGAAUCGAGUGAUAAAAAGAUAUCCAUAAAAAUGAUAUGUCAAUUACUUACGGAUAAAUUCCGCGAAGAAUUUGGCAAAAUGAAGAUUUUCUUCAUGUUUCUUGGUUCUUCAAAAACCUUGUCUAAGCAGCAAAAAUAUCGUGCUGAUAUUAAAAUAAAUCCUCAAUAUAAUCGUAUAUAUGCUCGUGGUCAUACUUAUUGGCACGGCGCUCUUAACGACCGCAGAGAUCGUGGUAAUCAACCCUAUUAUUGUCCUGUUGGAUGGAAAAGAUGUGCUUUUUAUGUUACUGAUAACUUCUAUGAAAAAUUUAAAGGAUGGUGCAUCUGUUAUCAUGGUACAAAGUUUGCCUGCGGUUUAUCUAUUUUGUUGAGUGGAUUAAAACCAGCAAAUAAAGCUGUACAUGGUGUCGGCAUAUAUGUUUCCCCAUCGAUAACAUACACGUCCCACCCAAGAUAUGCUGAAGUUAAGCGAAUUAAUUCGUCGCCUCAAAGUAAAUUUUUCAAAUCGGGUAAAUACGUACAAUUUGUGUUAGAGUGUCGUGUGCAUCCGAGCAAUAUCAUGAAAAUAGCUAAGGAAACCUUACGUGUCAGUGAUACAAUCAUUGAUUUUAAUAUUGGAAAUGAAAUUAUUGAAUGGGUUAUCGAUAAUAAAAAUAAAAAUAUUGUUGAUUUCAAUGACACAGAAGCUUCUAUUGUGUGUACUGGGAUAAUGAUGCGUGUUACCGAUGAUCAUCCUGGCUUAUUGCCUGAGUCACAGUGGUGGUAUAGUUCACACUUAUGCAAUUACAAAAAAUGUUGUCUGUUAGGUACAGAUCUUAAUACUCUUAAAACAAAAUGUCGUGAUCAACAUAAGUGCAACAUUAUCUAUGACUAA